GAGGAGCAUAAGAUACUGGAUAAGACAAAUAGGCAGAAGAUUUUAGAGGUCGAAAAACUUAGCCAAACGAUCAGAGAUCUUGAGGAAGCCAUACUUGCUGGUGGGGCCGCGGCUAACACUAUCCGCGAUUACAGACGGCAGAUCACGGAACUAAAUGAGGAGAAGAGGACACUGGAAAGAGAACUAGCAAGAGUCAAGGUUUCUGCAAAUAGGGUAGCAACCAUUGUGGCUAACGAGUGGAAGGAUGAUAAGGACAAAGUUAUGCCUGUCAAGCAAUGGCUAGAAGAGAGAAGGAUAUUGCAGGCGGAGAUGCAGAAGUUAAAAGACAAAUUAGCCAUCUCAGAGAGAGCUGUCAAG